UGAAGCUAAAACAGUCCAACACCACACACGAUAUAUAUACACAGUUACAGAGUCUCACACAAACUCAAAAGAUAGAUAAGCCUCUUUCUCUAACACACACAGUCGCUCUCUCUCUCUCUAUCAAUUCUCAAACACAUUCAUGGUGCCACCCUUGCUUUCCCUCCAAACCCCCAAACCCCUUCUCUUCCCUCUCCUACCAAAAUUCCCACUUCGCUUCAAAACCCCACAACCACAACCACGCUUCACUACCCACUUUCCCAUAUCCUCCUCACUCUCCCAAACUCCUCCUCCGAACCCAUCACUACCAAAAUCGAAAACCCUUUUCCCAGGUGGGACCAAGCGACCAGAGCUCAAUGUCCCAACUCUCAUCCUCCACUUGCACCCAAACGACGUUCUUAACUCCCCAAAAGCCAUGGACUUGGUUGACAAGGCCAUUGCCAAGUGGGUUCGUGUUGUGGUCCUCACUGGUGAUGAAAAUAGUGGUGGCAAGCUCUACGAGGCCGCGCGUUUGUUGAAAUCCGUGGUUGGUGAUCGCGCGUAUAUGCUAAUUGCCGAGCGCGUCGAUGUCGCUGCGGCUGUCGGUGCUAGUGGGGUUCUGCUCUCUGAUCAAGGGCUUCCUGCCAUUGUGGCGAGAAACACACUAAUUGAUUCAAAGCCUGAAUCAGUAGUCCUUCCUUUGGUAGCUAGGAAUGUACAAAAUGCAAAUGCCGCUUUAAAUGCUUCUAAUUCUGAAGGUGCUGACUUUCUUAUAUAUGAUAUUGGUGGAGAGAAACAUGUUGAUGGGGCAGUGAAGUCUGUAUUUGAGAAUGUGAAGAUACCAAUUUUUGUUGUAUUUGCCUCAUGUGGAGAGGACACAUUAUUUACUGAGGCAUCAAAUUUACUCAAAUCGGGUGCUAGUGGCUUGGUGAUUUCUUUAGAAGUUUUGGAGUUGUUUGGUGAUGAUAUUGUGAGGAGAUUGUUUAACACCGGACACAUGAACAAAAGAACACAGGACAAAGUUGAAAGCUCUAUUAAGCAAAAAUUAUUGAAUGUGGAUAAUGGCGUUUAUGGGAAAAAAGGGGUUGCUGGCUUUAUUAAAGUGGAAGAUAAAGAAAAACAAUUCAUAGAAACAGAGAGAACAGUAUUGCUUGAGGCAAUAAAUGUUAUCCGGAAAGCUACUCCACUGAUGGAGGAGGUUUCGCUUCUCAUUGACGCAGUCUCACAAAUUGAUGAGCCAUUUUUACUGGUUAUAGCGGGUGAAUUUAACUCUGGUAAGUCAACCUUUAUUAAUGCGCUUCUUGGAAGAAGGUAUCUCAAAGAGGGGGUUGUUCCUACGACUAACGAGAUCACUUUCCUACGCUAUUCUGAGUUGGAUUCUAGUGGGGAACAACGUUGUGAAAGGCAUCCAGAUGGUCAAUAUAUAUGCUACCUCCCUGCUCCAAUUCUUAAAGAAAUGAUCAUUGUUGACACACCUGGAACUAAUGUAAUUCUUCAAAGGCAACAACGCCUAACUGAGGAAUUUGUGCCCCGUGCAGAUUUGCUUCUUUUUGUCAUAUCUGCCGAUCGUCCGUUAACUCAAAGUGAGGUUGCUUUUCUUCGUUAUACUCAGCAGUGGAAGAAGAAAGUUGUGUUUGUCUUGAAUAAAUCUGACAUAUUUCAGAAUUCCGAAGAGCUUGAGGAAGCUAUAUCAUUCAUCAAGGAAAAUACUCGGAAGUUGCUAAAUACUGAGCAGGUGAUAUUAUACCCUGUUUCUGCACGAUGUGCUCUUGAAGCAAAACUUUCAGCUUCCUUUGACACUGAAAGUGACCAUGGAGAAUUAUCAGUGCUUGAUUCCCGAUGGAGAACCAGGAGCUUCAAUGAGCUUGAAAAGUUCUUGUAUAGUUUUUUAGAUGGGUCAACAAGUACUGGAAUGGAGAGAAUGAAGCUUAAACUUGGAACACCCAUUGGAAUUGCAGAACAACUCCUUUCUGCUUGUGAAGCUCUUGUGCAAGAGGAAUGCCAAUGUGCCAAGCGGGAUUUGGCCACAGCAAAUGAUAUAGUUGCUAGUGUAAAGGACUAUGCUGCCAAGAUGGAAAUGGAGAGCAUCUCUUGGAGAAGGAAGACUUUAUCUCUGAUUGAUACUACAAAAUCACGUGUUCUGGAGCUUAUAGAAUCUACCCUUCAACUAUCCAAUCUUGACCUUGCUGCUUCAUAUGUUUUCAAAGGGGAAAAAUCUGGCACAAUGCCUGCCACCUCAAGGAUUCAAAAUGACAUAAUUGGUCCGGCACUCUCAGACGCACAAAAACUACUUCGAGAAUAUGUCAUGUGGCUACAAUCCAGCAAUGCUCAAGAAGGGAGUCUGUACAAGGAUUCUUUUGAAAAACGAUGGCCUUCAUACAUCUAUCCAAAAACUCAUGUGCAUUUGGAGACCUAUGAGUUGCUGAAAAAGUUGGAUAGAAUCAGCUUGAGAGUGGUAGAGAACUUGAGUGCCAGCGCUGCUUCCAAAUUCUUUGAGAAAGAAAUCCGUGAAGUGUUCUUGGGGACUUUUGGAGGACUUGGAGCAGCUGGUUUGUCUGCAUCCCUUCUGACAUCUGUAUUGCCAACGACUUCGGAAGAUCUUCUUGCUCUUGGCCUUUGUUCCGCUGGCGGGUUCUUAGCCAUUUCAAAUUUCCCAGCUCGUAGGCAAGUUACAAUAGAUAAGGUGAGAAAGAGUGCAGAUGCCUUGGCCACUGAACUUGAAGAGGCCAUGCAGAAGGAUCUCUUGGAAACUAUCGAUAAUAUUGAGAGCUUUGUAAAAAUUGUUGCUCAGCCUUACCAAGAUGCAGCACAGCAAAGAGUAGACAGACUCUUAGAGAUUCAACAUGAAAUAUCUGAUGUUGAGGAAGAGAUGCAGAAACUAAAUGGUGAAAUUCAAAAUCUCCAUGUAUUAUGACAUCUGAAAUUUUUGCUGUCAUAUUAAGUUUUCCUCCUUGGUAAUGAAUGCAAGGAGGCAUAUACCUUUCCUUUUUUCACUUCUUUGAAUUGUUUUUGUGUGAUUGAGUGUUGAAUAUAACAAUGUAUCCAAAGAGGACCAGUUUCUCAUUUAAUUUUGAACUGAUCCUUAUAGAAUUGUAUGAAUUAUCUGCAUUUACAUCAAGGUGAAAUCUUUGUGACAA